AGGACAUUUUGCUUUCAUAACGCUGUAUAAAUAACAGAGGCAGCUGCAGCAUAGUCCUGGUGAAGACAGCAGGAUCCUUGGAAGCUGCUUGAUGCUUCAUCCCUGAGUGUGUGCAGUAACUCUGGUUCAACAGCAAAUACUCAUGGUGGCCUGGUAGAAGAGUGAGAGCUCAUGUUCACCUGUUUCCAGGAUUUUAACACGAGAACAUGAAGAUCACAUUCUACCUAAGUUUGCUGCUGGCUGGGUUUCACACUGUUGCCCACACUCAGCUCCCACCCAGUGACCACAGUGGACAUGAUCCAAAUGACCCUAAACACCACAUACACCAUGGGGGUGAAGCCAUCGCUUGCCUCAAACUUGUGCCAAGCAAUGCUGACUUUGCAUUCCAGCUUUUUAGGGAGGUCACACAGGAGGCACCUAAUAAGAACAUUUUCUUCUCUCCUGUGAGCAUCUCCUCUGCUUUUGCCAUGCUGGCCCUUGGGGCCAGAUCAGCCACACAGUCUCAGAUCCUGGAAGGACUCGCCUUCAACAUUACAGAGAUUCAGGAGGAAGAGAUACAUGAAGGCUUCCAGAACCUAAUCCAUAUGCUGAACCACCCUGAGGGUGGAGUCCAGCUCAACAUGGGCAAUGCCAUCUUUGUAACAGAAAAGCUGAAACUCCUAAAAAAGUUUUCAGAUGAUGCCAAAGCUCUGUAUCAGCUGGAGGCUUUUACUACUGACUUUAACAAACCCACAGAAGCUGAAAAGCAGAUCAAUGAUUAUAUAGAGAGGAAAACACAUGGGAAAAUUACUAAUUUGGUUAAGGACAUGGACCCACAAACUGUAAUGCUUCUGGCUAGCUUUGUUUUCUUCAAAGGCAGCUGGGAAAAGCCUUUCAAACCAGAGCUUACUGAAGAAAGGGAGUUCUUUGUGGAUGCUGAAACGACUGUGAAAGUCCCUAUGAUGCACCAGAUGGGCAGAUUUGACUUCUAUUUUGAUGAGGAUCUGUCAUGCACUGUGGUACGGCUGCAUUAUAAUGGGAGUGCUACUGCAUUUCUGGUUCUGCCAGGAAAAGGGAAAAUGAAGCGUUUAGAGCAAACUCUGGACAAGGAAACCAUCCAGAAAUGGUCAGACCAUCUCUUCCAGAGCUCUAUGAACCUCUACUUCCCCAGAUUUUCUAUUUCUGGGAGCUAUGAAAUAAGUAACACCCUUAGAAAGAUGGGAAUUGUGGAUGUGUUCACCAACCAGGCAGAUCUCUCUGGCAUCACUGGCACCUCAGAGCUGAAGGUUUCCAAAGUUGUUCACAAGGCUUGUCUGGAUGUUGAUGAGAAAGGUACUGAGGCAGCAGCAGCAACUGCUGUUGAAAUAAUGCCAGUGGCUCUUCCUCCAACCAUUGAAUUCAGCCAUCCCUUCCUCAUGCUGAUUUUUGAUAGAGAUACAAACAGUACACUCUUCAUAGGAAAAAUUGUUAAUCCAACUAUCACUAGCUGAAGUGACAUAUGAAUUUUGUUUGCUCUUACUAAUUAAAGAUGUGAAAAUGCA